AUGAUUAACACGGGAAAACUAGCUGGUAAAACUGUCUUUAUAACAGGGGCCAGUCGAGGCAUAGGCAAAGCGAUAGCCCUAAAGGUGGCUAAAGAUGGAGCCAACGUUGUAGUGGCUGCAAAAACGGCUGAACCGCAUCCCAAACUGCCUGGAACCAUUUAUACAGCCUGCGAAGAAAUUGAAAAAGCUGGUGGAAAAUGUCUCCCAUGUGUGGUAGAUGUUAGGGAUGAAGGUGCUAUCAAAAAAGCUGUAGAAGAGGCCGUCAGCAAAUUCGGUGGUAUAGACAUCGUUAUUAACAAUGCCUCUGCUAUUAUUUUGUCAGGAACUGGGGAAACAGAGAUGAAACGAUAUGAUUUAAUGCACAAUGUUAAUACGAGGGGCACAUUCUUAGUGACCAAAAUUUGUCUUCCAUAUUUGAAAAAGAGCAACCACGCUCACGUUUUAAACCUUUCGCCGCCGCUCAAUAUGAACCCGUUCUGGUUCAAAAAUCAUGUAGCCUAUACCAUGGCCAAAUAUGGUAUGUCGAUGUGUGUAUUGGGCAUGCAUGAAGAAUUCAAACCAUUCAAUAUCGCCGUCAACGCUUUAUGGCCGAAAACGGCCAUACACACGGCGGCCAUAGAAAUGCUGGGAGGAGCGAGCGCGAAAGAAUACAGCCGAAAACCGGACAUAAUGGCCGAUUCGGCGUACGCAGUCUUGAUUCAAAAUCCUUCGACGUGUACAGGAAACUUUUACAUCGACGAAGAUAUCCUCAAGAAGCACGGAGUGACCGAUAUGAACCAGUACGCCUGUAACCCGGCGAAUGCCGAUAAACUAAUGCCCGAUUUCUUCGUCGACGAGAAUCUGGAGGAAAUUAAGGGCAGGGAAGGUCGGAAUAUAACCGAUAAAGAGACGCAAAAAUCCGAACCUGCUCCUUCAGGAAAAGUAGCAUCGCUGUUUCAAAAAAUCGAAGCGUCAAUUUCUCCGGACACCGUUUCAAAGACGCAAGCGAUUUUUGCGUUUAACGUGACAGGUGACGAAUCGGGAAAAUGGUACGUGGAUUUGAAAAAUGGCGCCGGCUCGUGCGGCCAGGGCGAGUGCAAGGAAAAGGUGGACGCCACGUUGACCAUGGACAGCAAAAACUUCUUCGACAUGUUUUCCGGGAAAAUAAAGCCGGCGACGGCUUACAUGACCGGUAAAUUGAAGAUCAAAGGGGAUCUCACAAAGGCGCUAAAAUUGGAAAAGCUGAUGUCUAGUCUUAAGGCAAAACUGUGA